AUGGCUCGCGAGGGCACUCGAUCAGCGACCGGAAACUCCCGACCGAGAGUCUUCCCAACCGUCCCCGAGACGACCACCACAACUACAAAGAAGCGUGCUACGGCCAAUACUGGAGCAAAGAGAGGACCAAAGAAGGCUACUGCGACUAAGGGAGGCAAGCCUGCUGGCGUUACCAAGAAGGCAGCUCCUGCAAAGAAGCCAUCUGCUGCUACUAAGGCUAAGGGUCUGGUCAAGAAGGCUGAAGACGCUAUUACCGACACCCUUAAUAAGAAGGCUGCUGGCACCAAGAAGACCAAGGCCGCCGAUGUGACUGCUAGCAAGCCUGCCACUAAGGCCCGCGCAACAGGAAAGACAGCCGCGGCUAAGAAGUAG